CGGGGGGGAGCAGGUCUCGGGCAGCCGCUCAGUCCCUUGCCCCCCGCCGCCCGCCGCCUGGGCCGGGCCGAGGAUGCGGCGCAGCGCCUCGGCGGCCAGGCUCGCUACCCUCCGGCCCGCUUGCUAACUUCCCUAGCUCCGUGCCUAUCCACCAGCCGCGCCGCCCCGUCUCCCCGCGCCCUCCGGGUCGGGUCCUCCAGGCGCGCCGGGCGCUGCCGCCGUGUGCCCCGUGCCGCCAGCCCGAGCUCCUGCACACCCUGCCCGCGCCCCGCGCCCGCGCCCCGUCCUCGCCGGGCCAUGCUGCCCCUCUGCCUCGUGGCCGUGCUGCUGCUGGCCGCCGGGCCCGGGCCGAGUCUGGGCGACGAAGCCAUCCACUGCCCGCCCUGCUCCGAGGAGAAGCUGGCGCGCUGCCGCCCCCCCGUGGGCUGCGAGGAGCUGGUGCGGGAGCCGGGUUGCGGCUGUUGCGCCACUUGCGCCCUGGGCAAGGGGAUGCCCUGCGGGGUGUACACUCCCCGCUGCGGCUCCGGCCUGCGCUGCUACCCGCCCCGAGGGGUGGAGAAACCCCUGCACACGCUCAUGCAUGGGCAAGGCGUGUGCAUGGAGCUGGCGGAGAUCGAGGCCAUCCAGGAAAGCCUGCAGCCCUCCGACAAGGAUGAGGGUGACCACCCCAACAACAGCUUCAGCCCCUGCAGUGCCCAUGACCGCAGGUGCUUGCAGAAGCACUUCGCCAAAAUGCGAGACCGGAGCACCAAUGUGGGCAAGAUGAAAAUCAUCGGGGCUCCCCGGGAGGACGUCCGGCCUGUGCCCCAGGGCUCCUGCCAGAGUGAGCUGCACCGGGCUCUGGAGCGGCUGGCUGCCUCACAGAGCCGCACCCAUGAGGACCUCUACAUCAUCCCCAUCCCCAACUGUGACCGCAACGGCAACUUCCACCCCAAGCAGUGCCACCCAGCCCUGGAUGGGCAGCGCGGCAAGUGCUGGUGUGUGGACCGGAAGACAGGGGUAAAGCUUCCAGGGGGCCUGGAGCCGAAGGGGGAGCUGGACUGCCACCAGCUGGCUGACAGCUUCCGCGAGUGAGCCCUGCCAGGAGGCAGGGAGCUCAAUGCCCCCUGCUACCCCUAUCCCCUGGAGGCUUCAGAACUGACCCAGAGCCUGGGUUUGAGUCCUGGCUCUGCGUCUGGCCCAGAAAAAUUUCCCUUGGGGUAUGUGUAUGUGUGUGCAUGUGUGUGUUUAUGGGCAUGAGUGUGUCCUUGGGGUAAGCCAGAGCCAGGGGAUGUCCUCUUUGGGCUUAGGUAACUCGAGAGGUCUAAAAGUGGCA